AUGAUUUCAUCAUUAUUCCGCGGGAGAAACAGAACUCAUACUGCCUACAUCCGCUCCCAAUGUUUCUCCCGCAGCCGCCUUCCUCUUCCUCUACCUCCCCAUUCGCCUCCCCACACUUUUAAGACGGGUGGAAAUCGCACCUCGCAAGUCCAAGCUGCCUCUUUUUCGACUUCUCGCGCCACACGCAACGAUGAAGAGACGAGCAAAAGUGUCCAAGAGACCUCGCAUAAUGGAUUGGAAAUUUCUGCGGGCCAAAAUGAGCAGACAGGUUCAGACGCGGAAUCUGGAGGGAGUGAAAGAAAGAGGCCACAGACAGAAGGGGAGCCACGGAAACUUGGUGGUCCUGAAUCGCUUCUCAACGUAGAGCGGUUGCGAACGAUUUUCGCAGAGGCGGCGGGUCUUUCAACAGCGAGUACUGCCACAAAAUCCAAGGCCAGUGGAGAAGUUCCCACCACAGCAACGCCUCAGGGUGUCUCCGCAACCCCCCCAAAUCCCGUUGAUUCUUUGGUGCUUCCCUCGUCUACAAGUGAAAUGAGUUCGUUCUCUCAGUCUUCGUGGCAGUUGCGAAUAAUACAACUCAAAGAUACCUUUUUGAAGGGCUCAGAGCGACCGGCAACCGAAACGAUAAUCAAAGCAGAAAAGACUCCUGAUACGACGGCCAUAUCCCCAGAAUGGAUGAGGCAUAUCGAGAACUUGAAAUCAAGCUUUUUGACGAGCACCUCCGAAUCUGCAAAUUCACAUCCCAUAAGCGAAGCUGCUGCUACAGCGACAUCCGAUGCCACAAAGGUUGAUAGUUCCGAGACUAAAUUGGCAAGAAAAGAACUCCUACCUGUACCCCCAAGUGGAAUUUCGAAACGUACCCCACGUUCUUCAAGAGAAACUUUACGAGCGCAAGUCCUUCUAAGCCAGGAACAAAGCAAACUGAAGACUAUGAAGUCUCAGGAGGAGAAUUCCUCUGAUAUCGAUCUACAAAACGCGUUACAGCUUGCAUUUGAGACAAGCUUCGAAUCAAAUGUACUUGCAGCCGCCCCAUCAGUAUCGGGUAGUGAAUUGAAAGGACCGAGUAUAGAGGACACGAUGCGCCCUUCAGACCGCCGUAAGAGGCGUCGAAUGAAAGCCCCACGAGCAUCGAAGCACGCAUCUUCCAUAUCCUCUAAAUCCUCCAAAUCCUUCAGAUACUCCAAAACCUCCAAAUACUCCCAAUCCUCCAAAGCUGAGGAGGAUGGGAUCUCAGUACGUCAAAUCAAAAUCGCCAAAGGCAUGGUUGGAAGUGUCGAGACCAUGACAUCUAAGGGGUUAGAUCUUGUACCAAUCAACGUACCGCAACCCUCGGUUCCUUCCUUGUCAUACGGCUUGGACAGAGUUCUCUUCAACCCUGGUGUUUACCAGUUGCAGGAUCCCCGUUCGCGAGUAUUCAAUUUCGAUCCUUAUUUGCAAACUAUCAUGCCUGUCAAGGAAUUCGAUUUUUCGUUAUUGAAGAAGUUUACCACUUCAUCCAAGGAUGAGACCCUCCUACAAAUUACAAAACGGGAAGGGAAAAAAUAUACCGGAUCCACGUCAAGCAUGACAGCCGCCUUGUCGCAGUUUCAUUAUCUUUUAUCCAACUGGCGGCCUAUUAACGCCGGCAUUUUGUCCAAGAGCUUUCCAGAUCCUUUUGACACAUUCACAGCAUUUCAACGAUGUCCAGCGGCAUUUUAUCUUAGAUGGCGAGACGGAGUUUAUGCCAUUGAUGCCGAUAAGGAAUUUGACACCUCCAACGUUCUGAGUAUGUUGGGUCAGUCGAUGGAGAAGUUGCUCACGCUUCCAAACAAGGAAUUCGAGAGGUACAGAAAAAGCAGUUCUGAUCCUAUCUCCGAGGAAACUCGCAAGGAAUCCGAAGCUUAUCACUACACAACAAUGGGCGAUUUUCUUCUGAGAUCACAACUCGAUGCUUAUGAUCCGCGAAUCCCAGGGACUGGCAUGUUUGAUCUGAAGACAAGAGCAGUCAUCUCCAUACGCAUGGAUACUUCUGGAUAUGAAGAAGGCAGUGGUUAUGAAAUUCGCUCACGUCAUGGAGAGUGGGAAUCUUUUGAACGGGAGUACUAUGACAUGAUUCGAUCUGCCUUCCUAAAAUAUUCAUUGCAGGUUAGAAUCGGGCGUAUGGAUGGAAUAUUUGUUGCUUUCCAUAACACUGAAAGAAUCUUUGGGUUCCAGUAUAUCAGUCUUCCAGAAAUGGAUGCCGCUUUACAUGGGACAGAGGACACAACGCUUGGUGAUUCAGAAUUUAAGCUGAGUUUAAAUCUUUUCAAUCGUGCGCUUGACCAGGCGACUGCCAGAUUCCCGAACCAAUCCUUACGACUUCUCAUCGAGACUAGGCCUCGGAGCAGCGAGAGUACAAAUCCUUUCAUGUACAUCUUUGCAGAACCGAUGGACGAAAAUAAGAUUGAGGAGAUUCAGUCUACCAACAAAGCCAAAGUUCUUGCCUUCGAGAAGGAGGUACUUGGACUAGGCGAGGAGACUGGAGACGACACCAGUUCCGGAGAGGCUAUUGACAAGAACGAGUCGGGAGAUUUGGAUGAAGCUGAAAAUGCUCAGAAUUCGUCAUCUCUCGCUUGGGACCUUGACACUGAAGGUCCGGAGAUGACGGCAGGAUCUGCGCAGCCUGUUGAUACCGGAGAAAGCAAGGAAGAUCUUGGUCAACCAGAGAAUAAUAAACACCCUGCUUCAGGCGAUGAAUCCCCACCAACAAUCAUGGCGUUUCGUCUCACCGUACGCAGCGAAGUCAAUGGCCAGUCAGUACCACGCCCUAAACCUCUCAAAUCCAUGGACGAAUGGACACUCGAGUACUCUUUGGCUGAGAUUAAGGAUCCACAAAGGGUCCGCACUCUCUACGAUGCCAGCAAAAAACGACGCAACAUAGUUCACAAUCGGGAUAAGUAUGCCGAUGAUAACAAAUUCAACGAUUCCUUUAGGGAUGAAAUCAAGAGAUACACAAUGCGAGGCAAAGAGUACAGGGAAAGAUUGAAUGCUGAAGAGUCUCGGGGGUCCCCGAGAGUUUAUGGAUGA